CUGUUCGCAGCCCUUCUUCAUCUCAGGCACGGCAGCCAAAGCCGGCGAAUCUGGGCCGAUGCAAUCUGCAUAGACCAAGACGGCACGAACGGGAACGCGGAGAAGAACCACCAGGUCCAGAUGAUGGGCGAAAUCUACUCCACGGCCGAGCAGACGAUCGUUUGGCUGGGCGACGACGCCGAUGGCCGCGCUGCGCGCGCGUUCGAUCUCUUGGACGAGAUCAACUCCUUCCUUCCCAGUGAUUGGAGAUUGGAAGUUCCGUUUCAUCGAUACGUCGCAGAUGCCGUUCAUCCUGCGGACUACCGAGGCUGGAUCCUCUACGCUAUCGACACUCUCAGCGUUUUCUUCGAAAAGUCAUGGUUCCAUAGGAUCUGGAUCAUUCAGGAGGUCGUCAAAGCCAAGAAGGCCGAGGUGGUGAUCGGCCACAGAGGCAUUUGCUUCGACACAUUCCAGGGCCUCAUUUCUAUGAUGUCUCACGAGUUCGACCAGAACCAGGAGAGGUUCAACGCUCGAGCGGUCGCCAAUUUUCACUGCGUAGGAGAAAUGAAAUGGCUCUACGAGACAAGAGCACGCGGGGAGCUCAGUGUCACCCCCUUGGCUCUCGAGCUUCUCAGAAUCACGGAGUGGUUCCAGGGGUUCUCCGUGGAGAGCGACAGGAUCUACGCUCUUCUGAGUCUGGCUGAGUACGACGGCUUCAGACCCAACUACGACCUGCCAUCCAGCGAGGCAUUCCGCGAGUUUGCCGUAUGGGCUCUGCGCAGAUACCCUCGUCUGGCGGCACUCUCAUAUGCGCGAGGUGGCGCCGAAACAUCCUGUCCGGCUCCUUCCUGGGCUCUUGCCCCCAGGAUUGAAGGUGGGCUCCCGUACAAUCUUCUGCACAUCGAUCAUUUCGAGGCGGAUUUUGGAGCAGACCACACGAGCGGGCCAUUCUUCCGAGUCGUCGAUAAGUUUCCUUGUUUGUUCCUCACGGGCGCUGUCGUCGAUACCUUACAAGACAUGGCGCCUACAUGGAUGAACUGCUCCAUGGCUAGAGACAAGCAACAAGCGCUCCUUCUCGCCGCAAGAGUUGCAGGGUGCGACCUUCCCUCGUCUUUAAGCGAUGAAAGAUAUGCGAGGUUCUGUCGUGCCUUGAGCUUUGAGUUGGAGCCUGAUAUGAGUAGAGAAACACCCGAGACUGUGGCCAGAGCCGACAGAUAUGUUCAAGCUUACAUCAGUGGUGGAGUCGUGUUGGACGAGCAUCCCGAGGGCGAGGGCAUCGCGGAGAUCAGCACUCUGUGGCAGAGUCUAGCACGCUUCAGGUACUUCAGCAGUACUGACGAAGAUCGCUUUGCCUGGGCGCCGUGGACAUCGAAACCAGGAGACAAGGUGUGCAUCAUUCGAGGUGCAAAAGUGCCUUACGUGCUUCGUCCGCUACCCCAGCGAGGUGUUUACUCCUUGGUAGGCGAGUGCUGGAUACAAGGCCUUAUGGAAGGCGAGGCUUUGAAAGCGGACGGCUUCGCAUGGGAUGAAAUUUGGCUUGUGUAA